AUGAAAAGCCCUCUGCUCCUGCCCCUUCUCCUGCUGGGGACAGUUGCUGCUCUUCAUCUGAAGAAUGAUGACCCCAAUUUGGACAUCCGAAAGACACAGGCAGACCUGAUCCAGGAUGUGGAAGCUUCAGGGGAGCAGAAGGGAGAGUUGGACCUGACAGAGGAGGUGAUUCAGUCAGAAGGAGAGGAGGCUGAGGCUUCCACCAAUCAAGACACAUUUGAGGAUGAGCAGGCCGUGGAGUCGGACCCAGCGGCCCUAGGCGAAGACUUGCAGUGCCCCAGGGAAGAGGAAACAGUUCAAUUGUCUGGUCAUCCUGGGUGCAAGGCCCGCAGCUACUUCUUGGUGCGAACUCCUAUGACGUUUAGUGACGCUGAGAAUGUCUGCAGGAGGAGCUACCGAGGCCAUCUUGUCUCCAUACACCGCAACAUCUUAUACUAUCUCCUCCAGCACUUGCUCAGGGGUAUCGACGGAGGUGAGGUCUGGAUUGGAGGCUUCAAGAUGGGCUUG